ACGCGAGUUCCACUUGGAACAAGCACAUCAACCAUGGCCUUCUCGUUCGGAGGCGCAGCUGCCCAGCCAGCGCAGCCACAGCAGUCGUCCCUCUUCGGCAACACGGCCGCCGCAUCCAGCUCAACCUCUGGCUUCGGUGGCGGCUUUGGAGCCGCUUCCACAAACGCUCAGCCAGCAGGCUCGGGCUUGUUUGGCUCAGCUUCGGCGGCCCCAGCUAGCGGCAGCACGGGCCUGUUUGGUGCUGCGAAGCCGGCAACAACAGGGCUGUUUGGACAGGCAUCGACCAGCACACCCGCGGCUGCGACUGGAUUUGGAGGGUUCGGUCAGCAGCAGCAGCAACAGCAGCAGCAGCAGCCUGCUGCUACUGGAGGACUCUUUGGGCAGCAGCAGACACAGCAGCCUGCUACCGGAGGAUUGUUUGGCCAGCAACAACAGCAGCCUGCGCAGACCGGAGGAUUGUUCGGACAGCAACAACAACAGCAGCAGCAGCCCGCUGGCGGAUUGUUCGGCCAGCAACAGCAGCAGCAGCCAGCGACAGGAGGUCUCUUCGGGCAGGCGAAGCCUGCGGGUGGAUUAUUCGGCUCGACGAACUCGACGGCACAGCCCGCGGCGACGGGUGGACUGUUUGGCCAGCAGCAGCAGCAACAGCAGCCUGCGGCCGGUGGUGGAUUGUUUGGCCAGGCAUCGACAACACAGCAGCCGGCCGGAGGAAGCAUCUUUGGAGCGAAGCCAGCAGGAUCGGGACUGUUUGGAUCGACGGCACAGCAGCCAGCACAGCAGGGAGGCCUGUUCGGCUCGACGAACCAGCAGCCUGCUUCCGGCUUGUUCGGCUCAACAGCCCAGCCCCAGGCCCAGGGUAGCGUGUUUGGUGCUCCCCAGCAGCAGCAGUCGGUGUUCAACGGCACUACUGCGCCCCUCGCAACGUCCAUCAACCAGGCUCUCAAGGAGGAGGAUCUCGCCCAGCGCAUUGUCUCGAUCGCCAAGGCAUGGGACGAGUCUUCGCCAGAUUGCCGCUUCAAGUACUUCUUCUACAAUGUCGUCGAGCCGGGACACUCGCAGUUCUACGGUCGACCAGCGGGAGCCACCGACGACACCAAGUGGGCGCGCGCUGUGCGGGAUAACCCGGAUCCUCAGAACCUCGUUCCAGUACUUGCGACCGGGUUCGGCGACGUUAAGAAGCGUGUUCAGGCCCAGGAGCAGCUCGCCGCUGUGCACCAGCAGAAGAUCAAGGAGAUCAACGCGGCGCUGGCCGAGCUGUCACGGAAAGCGUCGCUCGACUCGUCUGUUCGCCUCGCCUCUUUGCAAGCCAACCUCGGACAGCUCCAGCAACGGCUGAUGCACCUCGCCGCCAAGUCACCAUCGUUCGCCCCGGUCCAGUCAAGCGCCUUCCGGCCAGAAGAGGCCGAGAUGAAGACGACACUUGAAAACGUCAAGGAUGAACUCGACGGCCGCGUCAAGCCGGGUCAGCGCAGCGGCACUGUUGGUCUCAACCAGCCACGCCACCAGGCGGCAUCUCGUGGACGGAUGAUGGGCCAGGUGAACGAGCUGUGGGGCGCGAUUGAAGAGCUGCGCAGGCAGCGUCGUGCCCGCGGAGCGGAGAGUGUGUCGUGGGCGAGCGACGAGAGGUUGCUCAAUGAGAUUGCCCUCGUCCUCGACCAGCAGCAGCAAGCCCUGUCAAAGUUGAGCGAGCUCGCAAGCGACGCGGUGUUUGACGUCGACGUUAUCCGCCAGGGAGUCCCUGAACUCGAGGCAAAGAAGUGAGAGCGGGUGUCUGGCAGACUAACGAGUAGGAGGGCAAAGGAGCAAGAGGUGCGCAAGAAGGCGGAGGAAGAGCGCGAACGCCAGCGUCAAGCACAAGCAAACGCGAAGACGGUCACGUGGGGGCAAGGGUGGUAGACAUACGACGUAGACUCUGCAUUGGCAUUCCAUGUAUCCUGUUG